AUGAUAUCAAAAAUGCGUCGAUGUUCAUCAUCAACAUCAAUGGAUAGUCGAAUAGGUGAGCCAUUAACGGAAAUUGAACUUCGAAAACGAUCGAUAAUAACACCUGAUGAUGUAUUACGUCUCAAUAAAAUAACCGAUGAUUAUUUAUGUGAACCGGAUGCGAACAUUUAUGAUAUCGAAUUUACAAGGUUUAAAAUUCGUGAUUUAGACACGGAUCAGGUUUUAUUUGAGAUCGCUAAACCUGCUGCAGAAGAGCUCGACACUGAUGAUUUAAAUUUUGAGAAAUGUAAUGAUGCAAAUGGUGCUCGUUUUGUUCGUUAUCAAUUCACUCCUGCAUUCCUACUUCUAAAACACGUCGGUGCAACUGCUGAAUUCAAUGUUGGAGAUAAACCGGUGAAUAAAUUUCGUAUGAUUGAACGACACUUCUUCCGCGAUCGUUUAUUAAAAAGUUUUGAUUUCGAAUUUGGCUUCUGCAUUCCAAAUAGUCAAAAUACAUGUGAACAUAUUUACGAUUUUCCACAACUUCCUCAGUCAUUAAUAGAUGAAAUGAUUUCAAAUCCAUACGAAACACGUUCCGACAGUUUUUAUUUUGUGGAAGAUCGUCUAAUAAUGCAUAACAAAGCGGAUUAUGCAUAUGAUGGUGGUGAUUGA